AUGGAUACACCGUCAUCAGAGAAGUUGUCUAAUAUUACUGACGGAGAAUUCUCUCUUCAUCUUGAGGAAAUUCAGUGUACAGUUUUCGUUAGUAAAGAGGAUUUGGACCAUCUGAAAGACCAAAGAGAGUUAUUUGUGCUGGCACAAUCCUCUGCUUCACGAGAACGUAUCACUUCAGAAAUCGAACUGGCCUUGAACUUUCUUGAGCAUCUCUUAGACAACAGCGGCGCGACUUCCUCCACCCGGUCAUUCCUCCAGGGAUUUGAGGAUAAGUUCCUGUUCGAAUCUGAGCUACAUGCCCUUCUACAUGCAUCUCAAAUCGACCCGCAGACUCGAAACAAAUUGCUCUGCACAUACUACAAAGCUGUGUCUUCGGUUAUAUCCGAACCCAGAAACAUCGCCUCAAGUGCAUUAUUUAGUGCCGCAAAAAGCGGCCACAUCAAUCCAUAUGUAGUAUUUGGCGGGCAGAGCACGGCAAACGCUACAACCGUGAAAGAGCUUGCUGAUCUUUAUUUGGCUUAUACACCAUUCCUAAAAGACCUCAUCGACAUUAUUGGGUCUCUGCUAAGUCGCCUCUCUCGACUGCCUCAGACAAGGGAGUAUUAUUGCGGCCGAUAUCUUGACUUGCAAGCAUGGCUACGUGAUCUUGAGCAGGUACCGGGGUCUGACUUCAUUUCUGGAGUGACAGUCAGUUGCCCAAUGAUCGGUCUCCUGAGCCUGGCACACUACUGCGUAACAUGCAAGGUCCUGGGCAUGACCCCUGGUGAAGUUCAAAGCCUACUCCAGGGCUCUACAGGUCAUUCUCAAGGAAUCGUCGUGGCUGCGGCUAUAGCUAUUUCGGAUUCAUGGGAAUCAUUCUACAGCGCUGCGCUGACAGCAGUAGAGACACUUUUUUGGAUUGGAUUUGAAUGUAACCAGGGCUCGCCAAGGUCAUCUCUGUCAUCUUCGAUCAUUGAAGAUAGUGUUCGCAACGGUUUAGGUCAACCCUCAUGCAUGCUGAGUGUUGUUGGACUGGAACGAUCUCGUCUCGAUAGAAUCAUUGGCGUCUUCAAUAAGUCACUUCCAUCUACGAGUCAAGUAGCCGUUGCCUUGAUCAACACCAGGGAUAAUUUCGUCGUUGGUGGUCCCGCCAAAUCUCUCGCAUCACUUGACACAUACCUACGAACAAUCAAGGCAGAUCCCGAAAUUGAUCAAAAUCGUGUACCUCACAGCAAGCGCAAACCUAUAAUACAGCAUCAGUUUCUACCAAUAACUGUACCAUUCCACACCGAAUAUUUGUCAACACCGGCUCAAAAAAUAAAAGAUCAUCUAUCUUCCUACAAGAUAUCUCCCGAAAUGCUCCAAAUCCCACUCCAUGACAACCGAAACGGCCGCGACUUUCGUGAGCUGCCUCAUGGAGCGAACGUGCUUGAUAGCCUGAUUGAUGCGAUAUGCUCGAAUUGCUGUGACUGGCCAGCAGCACUUGAGUCAUCAACGGCGUCACAUAUUUUGACAUUUGGCAGCGGUGGUGUGCCAGACCUGGUCACGAGACUUGUUAACGGCAAAGGGAUAAGGGUCAUCAGCGGAUCUGACUUUGAGACCAGAGACUCAGAUAUUGGAAGUAAACUGGAUAUAUUCUCUCCAUUUUUGCUUUCAACAUCAACUAGAGUGGAAAGCUGGGCAGAAAAAUUCCAGCCUCGUCUCGUACAGCCUACACAUGGAGAUAUACGAUUGGAGACCCGACUCAGCAAACUGUUAGGCGUCCCACCUGUCAUUGUUGCUGGCAUGACACCGACCACCGUACCAUGGGACUUUGUGUCCACCAUCAUGAAUGCUGGAUACCACGUUGAGCUUGCGAGUGGUGGUUAUUAUAAUGCGGAGGAAAUGUCUGCCACUAUCGACAAAGUGAAGAAUAGUGUUCCUGCUGGAAGGGGUAUUACAUGCAAUCUGAUUUACUCUAGCCCCCAAGCCAUGACGUGGCAAAUUGCCAUGCUUCGUCGAUUAGCUAAAGAGGGUGUUGCCGUGGAUGGCUUGACCAUCGGUGCUGGUGUACCCUCGCAAGAAGUCAUGACUGAUUACAUAACUGGCUUGGGCUUAAAACACAUUUCCCUCAAGCCUGGUUCCAUAUCUGCCAUUCGUGAGGUAAUAGAAAUUGCCAAAGCACAACCCCAGUUCCCGAUUGUUCUACAGUGGACAGGAGGUCGAGGAGGUGGACAUCACUCUUACGAAGAUUUUCAUGCACCGAUCCUUCGUACAUAUAGUAGCAUUCGCAGAUGCGCAAACAUCAUUCUGGUCGCUGGAAGUGGAUUUGGUAGCUACGAAGAUAGCUAUCCCUAUCUCUCCGGAACAUGGGCUACUCGGUUUGGAUACCCUAAGAUGCCGUUUGAUGGCAUUCUGCUUGGAAGUCGCAUGAUGGUGGCUCGCGAGGCCCACACAUCUCCCGCAGCCAAGAAGUUGAUUAUUGAGGCCUCUGGAGUACCUGAGACUGAAUGGGAGAAAACCUAUGAUGGUGCUGCAGGAGGCGUCAUCACCGUCAUCUCAGAGAUGGGCCAACCCAUUCAUAAAAUCGCCACCAGAGGUGUUCUUUUCUGGCAUGAGCUGGAUAAAACAAUCUUCAGCCUACCCCACAAAAAUCGCGUCGAGGCUUUAUUGAAGAAGAAGCCAUAUAUUAUCAAAAGACUCAAUGCAGACUUCGCUAAACCAUGGUUUGGGCAGAACUCCAAAGGCGAACCUGUGGAACUAUCAGAAAUGACAUACGUCGAAGUCCUGCGUCGGUUGGUGUCUCUCAUGUAUGUUGCUCAUCAGAGCCGCUGGGUCGCACCUUCGUACGUAAAACUCGUUAUAGACAUUGCAGAUCGUACGUUGGAAAGACUCCCGCUAAAGGGUGAAGUUGAAAUUACGGUAGCUUCAUUGCAAACCCCCCAGCGCUUCCUUGAAGAGUUUGCUCGGGCCUGUCCUCUUGCUUCCACAGAAUUACUUAACCCGGAAGAUGUCAAAUACUUUAUCCUUCGGUGUAAGAAGCGUGGUCAGAAACCGGUCAACUUUGUCCCUAUAAUUGACGAGGAUUUCGAGACAUUCUUUAAGAAAGAUUCUUUGUGGCAAUCGGAAGACAUCGAUGCUGUCAUAGAUCAAGAUGCUGGUCGUUGUUGUAUUCUUCAUGGACCUGUUGCGGCUCAGUACUGCAACACUGGCAAUGAGACGGCCAAAGAAAUCCUUGACAAUAUCAACAAGGGACUCAUCAGGAAAGUAGGGGAGAAUUUCUAUCCAGGUGGAUUGACAGCGCAGUGUGAAAGUGCCAGCCUUUCCUCUGAGAGCUGGUCUGUAGCUACUCCAGAAUCUGACAGCAGAGAUAUAUCCCUUACCCCGGUGGAUAGUCUUGCUGGUGGAAUUGAAGACCUUUUACUAUCGACAGUGCUUAUUCUCGGCAAGAUGGGUAACCCAUGGAUUCGUUCGCUCUUCACGGAUGAGUAUAUUCUUCACGGUCGCGAUCGAAAAAUCAAUCCAUUUCAUCGUUUAGUCCAGCGAGGGUCGAAAGGCACCGUGGAAGUCGACCCCGAAAUCUCGUUAAUUACCAUAUGCGUGGAAAAUGAAGAUAGUUCCAAGAGUAAGUCUAUUGUGAAAAUUUCUUCUCAAAAUGACUUAGACAUCGCCGUGGAACUUUCAUUCCCCAGCUUUCAUGGGGAUGAGCCAGUCGUUCUACCACUCGCUUUCAGCUACGACCCAACAAUGAUGCCGUACAGAAUAAGUGAGGUUACCGUCAGCCGUGACGACUGUAUCAAAAGCUUUUAUAGCAAGGUAUGGUUCGGGGUGGAUAUUAGUUCUUCUACGGAGGAUACUCGCUCAACAAUCUGGGGACCAGAGAUGACCCUUACCGCGGAAAUGCUGGAAGGUCUUGUUGAUACUGUCGGCCGAACACAUCCCCAUGGAAAAAAUAUUGUCGGGGGUUCUGACACAUUCCCUAUCAGUGUCGGCAUCGUUGCUGCAUGGGAUUCCCUCGCGAAACCCAUCGUUUUGAAAGCUAUUCCCGGAGACUUACUUCGACUUGUUCAUCAGUCGAACUCAUUCGAGUACAUGACAAAUACAGCGGCUCUUCGUGUUGGAGAUGUUAUUCGGUCUAAAUCAAAUGUUAAAGCUAUUUACAUUGAGGACGCGGGAAAGUAUGUGACUGUUGAAGGACAAAUCUUAUCCUCCAAUCAACCAGUAUUGAAGGUCACAUCAACAUUCCUCUUCAAGGGAACCUUCAAUGAUUAUCAAUCUACAUUCAAAGAGACGAAUGAGCCAGAUAUCAUCUUUGAAGUGGCCUCUGAGCAAGAUGAAGCUAUUCUCAAGGAUCGCGAAUGGUUCCAUCUCGAAGAUCCAUUUCUGUCCCUGGUCGGCAAGACCUUGCUAUUUGAUUUGCAUUCGGAAGUAACGUGGAAAAAUAAGACAACGUACAACACGUUGAAAGUAUCUGGACAAAUCUUUCAGAGAAAUAGUCUGGGACAGAUUCAGGAAAUAGGCAGUGUAAGCUUCGACCAUGGAGAAUGCGUUGGCAAUCCAGUCAUGGAUUUCUUGCAGCGGAAUGGAACUCCGGCCGCUGCAAAGAGCGACCUCACAAGUCCUGGCUGGACCGGUGUAUCAUCGCUGGAAGUCCAGAUGCCUACCAGCAACGAGAUGUACACUCGUGUCUCAAGAGAUUAUAAUCCAAUUCAUAUGGCAUCUGUGUUCUCACACUGGGCGGAGCUUCCUGGAACUAUCAGUCAAGGAAUGUUCACUUCCGCUAUUGCUGUUAAUGCUGUUGAACAUCUAUCUUUGAAUGGAGAACGACACCGACUACGGCGCUUCACUGCUACUUUCACUGAUAUGGUUCUUCCUAGCGACCGACUUGUAGUACGCUUGAAGCACGUGGGAGCCGUUGAUGGCCGACUAGUAUUCAAGGUAUCUGCGUUCAAAGAAGAUAACGAGAACCUGGUUUUGGAAGCAGAGGCGGAAGUUGAGCAACCUCAAUCCGUUUUCUUAUUCACAGGACAAGGAAGCCAGUUGCCUGGAAUGGGUAUGGAGCUGUAUAAGACAAGCGAAGUUGCCCGCCGUAUUUGGGACGAGAUAGACACCCAUAUCUUCGAACGAUUUGGGUGGUCGGUAAUUGACAUUGUUUCGAACAAUCCGAAGAGUAUGACUAUUCAUUUCGGAGGCAAACGUGGACGACAAUUGCGCGAGAAUUAUCUAGCAAUGGAGACUGAGAUCACAACACCAGAUGGUCGGAUAAUCAGAAAGACGUUACUGCCUGGAUUGACGCGUGAAUCUCGAUCCUACACAUUCUCAUGUCCAUCUGGCUUGCUCUUCUUCUCCAGCUUCGCACAACCAGCCAUUGUCUUGGUGGAAAAGAUUAUGUUUGAAGACAUGAAAAGCCGUGGACUAGUCCCAUCGGAUUCGUUUUUCGCAGGUCAUUCGCUCGGUGAAUAUGGAGCUCUUCUAGCGUUUUCCGGUUUCAUGACAACGAGAGAACUGAUGGAAUUGGCAUUUUACCGUGGUCUGUCCCUACAAUUUGCUAUGGAGAGAGACUCCAAUGGUGAGACAAACUACGGCAUGGUGGCAGCCAAUCCACAGCGUAUAGGAAAAUUUUUCAACGAGGGCUCCCUACGGCAAAUAAUUCGUAUGAUUGCUACACAAAGUGGUGAAUUGAUCGAGACUGUGAACCUGAACGUAGAGAAUGAGCAAUAUGUCUGUGCAGGAACACUACAGAACCUGCAUGUCCUCGAAAAUAUUCUAAGCUACCUAGCUACGGCCACCCACGGGGCAGAACUUGUGGGUGAGAUCAUGACAACUAAGGAUGAUCUCUCUGCAACGACAAUCGGGCAGAGACUGGCUGUCAACCUUGUUGAGGCAAACAAACUUCCCAGUCCCAUUCGACUAAAGCGUGGUAAGGGCACGAUUCCCAUUCCGGGAAUUGAUGUUCCAUUUCACUCUUCAUUCCUACGUCAAUCCGUGGCCUCGUAUAGAAAGAUUCUACAGCGACGAAUCCCAGAAGAGAACAUACACUUGGAUCGCCUUUUGGGAAGAUGGAUUCCUAACGUCAUGGCAAGGCCUUUCUCCAUUGAUAAUGAUUACUUGCAGGAAGCUCUGGAGUUGACGAACAGCCCCAUUUUGGGUGAAUUGGUCAAUGGGCCCAUCACAGUUUAG